AUGGCCGACCCCUUCUUCCAGUCGACAAAGAAGCGCAAGCGCCCAUCCAACAACGCGCGAGGAAGCGGCCCCUCACGCGUUCCUCACGCUUCCCAGGAGCAGGUUAAGGCCGCGCGGGACGAGGAGCUCUCUUCGGGCGAUGAGGGUGGUCUCGAGGCGAUCGACGACAUCGACUUCCAGAAGGACCGGAUGCCGCACACUCUCGACGACGCCGACUUUGUCGAUGCCAACGAGACUGCAGCAGAGAAGCGUGUCCGCCUCGCUCGCGGCUAUCUCGACAAGGUUCGGGCAGAGGUGGCGGCGCAGCGCGAGACGGGCGACUAUGAUGCUGAGGAGAUUGACCGCGAACUGAUUGCCGGCCGUUUAAGGCAAGAGGUGGACGAGGCGGAGGGGCGCAUCCACCGGUUCUACUCUGCCGCCGAGUCCAGCGGGAGUCGCUUCCAGAGCACGCAGCACCCCCCGACUGGGAUCGCGAUGACGGCCGCGGGACCAAUUUACACGUCAAUGAAGAACGGGUCUGUUCUCCGGUUCGAUCGGGAGACACUGGCACACAGCACGCUGCGCGCCGAGGGCGGCGGACACAAAGGCGCGGUGCUGUGUAUCGCGGCAAGUGAGGACGGCAAGUGGGUCGUGACGGGCGGACAGGACAAGAUUGUGGGCGUGUGGGACAUGUCUAGUGACGAGCCGCGGUGGGCCGCUGGCAUGCGGGGACACAAGGACGCCGUGAGCUCCGUGGUGAUUCCGCCACUUUCCAACGCUUCGGCGCACGUCCUCUCGGCAUCGCUGGGCCGCCACCUCACCCUUCACUCCCUCUCAACCUUGAGCGCACUGGAUACCUUCUUUGGACACCAGGACUCGAUCACGAGCGUCUCGGCACUCAAGCCUACCACGUGUGUCACGGCCGGCAGCCGCGACCGCACCUGCCGCUGGUGGAAAGUCGAGGAGGAGGUGCAGCUCGUCCUUCGCAGCGGCGGCAAGACCAAGGCAGACGGGCGCGAGUUCUUUGAGGGAUCUGUUGACGUCGUUUGCGCACUUGACGACUCUCAUUUCGUCAGCGGUGGCGACUCGGGCACUCUUGCGCUCUGGAGUACGGGCAAGAAGAAGCCGCAGUUCUCGCACCACCUCGCGCACGGCUUGGAUACCGAGGGACGCAACCUCUUCCCGUCCACGGUCGAGCCUAGCCCGCGCUGGAUCACGGCGCUUGCUGCCAUCCGCGGGACAAACCUCGUCGUGAGUGGGUCGUGGGACGGCCGGAUACGCUUCUGGGCUAUCGACCGCAACCUGAGGACUUUCAAGCCUGCGGGAGAAAUUGCCGUUGACGGCUUCAUCAACGACAUCCAGAUCCUCGCGCUCCCGGAGGGUGUGGUACUCGUCGCGGCAGUUGGCAAGGAGCCACGCCUGGGACGAUGGUUGACACUCGACCGGGCCAAGAACGGCGUGUUUGUGGCCAAGAUCGACCUCACGAUGGCCGAGGAGGACGAAGAGUAA